UUCGUCGAAGGGGUCACACCGAACAGCUUUUGGUUCUUUGAAUAUCUGUGUAUGGCGCAGAGGAGAUCAUUUUUAGAGAGGAUUUCAGAGGUGUUGCACAGACAUCAUGUUAACAACAUGCACGGUUGGAUCCAGAAACUCUGGAAAUCAAAAGUAUCUUCAUCAGCGCAACGUGAACAGGAGACAAAAAAGUCUUCUCCGUCAUCGUCGUCAACCCCUCCAAAACCUCCACAGCCACAGUCUGCUACGAGCUCGCUGCUGCGAUGGAGCCGAAAGUAUGACGUGGUGGUGUGCCACAGCUCUGUGCACAGUGACAUUCAAGAGGCUGUGCGCCUGGUCUCUUUCCUGGAGGCAUCGCCCCGGAGCCUGAGGUGCUUUAUGAUGCAGAGGGACGCCUGUCCAGGGGGUGCAAUCUCCACAGAGUUAUGCCAGGCUGUGCAGGACAGCCACUUACGGGCUCUGCUCAUCACUCCUGACUUCCUGCAGGAUGAUUGGUGCACGUACAUGAUGCACCAGGUUCUGGCAGAGGGCCCAAUGUCCAAUCGGAUUAUCCCCCUGGUUCAGAACCUGUCCCACUCUCAGUAUCCUCAGGAACUGAGGUUCUACUUCUACAUUGACCUGGACAGGAACCCCGAUCGGGGUUAUAAUCUCGUCAACACGACGGUGCUCAAGUAUCUGAAAGGCCUGGCUGAAAAUGAGAAGACACUUUGAUGGACGACAUGGAGGACCUCUAGCGAUGGACUAAGUGGAGGAGGCAGCUCAUCAAAAGACAAGCUGGUGCCAAGGUAUGACCUCACUGAGGCUUCCACACCACCGGAAAGUAAAAGAGGAGAGAGACCAAAGCUUCAAUGGCACUCAUGAUCAUCAUCAUCAUCAUCGGUAUUUAAAGACUGUGAUGAAGGGCUGGCGAGACGUUGGGUUUUAAAGGAUCGUUACGCUACAGCUUUUGUGCGUGAGGUACGGAUGUGGUUUUUUUUUUAUACCUUGAACAGGACAUCGUUGAUUCCAAGCAGCACUGAUACUUAGAUCCUGUGUGCGGUACCUAACUAAACAGCAAUUUGCAAUAACUGCUGCAUAUGA